CCAUCAAUUACUUGCUCGACCAUUCUUCUCCUUCUUCUCUAUCCUCGCCGUCGUUCGCUUCCUUCAGCGGAUAAGGCCCCUCGGAGUUUGCUCCGAACUCCCGCCGGCCGCUAAAAUUCUUGCCGGUUUCGUCUUCUGCAGAGCUACUGGUUCGUGCCGAGUUCUUACGGAACCUUUUGCUGAGAAAAUGGCUCAUACUUUCGCCUACACGUCUGCCUCGUCUUUCAGAUUAAACUCCCUCGUUUCUGUUCCCAAUUCUAGCUCUUCUUCCGAGUCCCAGAAGCUCUUUCUCCCCCUGGACCCUUUUCAGUCGAGGAAACUAGGAAAAUUAGUUGGAGGUGGAAGAAACCUCAAGAAUACUCCAGUCAAAGCCAUCUACUCAAGCGAGUUUUCGUCUCUGGAUAGGAGUUCUCGCCAGGGCCUUUGGUCUAUAAGGGAUGAUGUGCAAAUUCCAUCUUCACCAUACUUCCCCACUUAUGCGCAAGGGCAAGGUCCUCCCCCGAUGGUGCAGGAACGCUUCCACAGUGUUAUAAGCCAGCUUUUCCAAUAUAGAAUUAUUCGUUGUGGUGGAGCGGUUGAUGAUGAUAUGGCAAAUAUCAUUGUUGCUCAACUUCUAUACCUUGAUGCUGUUGAUCCCAAUAAGGAUAUCGUCAUGUAUGUAAAUUCCCCUGGUGGAUCAGUUACAGCUGGUAUGGCCAUUUUUGACACUAUGAGGCAUAUUCGGCCUGAUGUAUCUACUGUCUGCGUAGGGCUAGCAGCCAGUAUGGGCGCCUUCCUGCUUAGUGCUGGAACUAAAGGAAAAAGAUACAGCUUGCCAAAUUCAAGGAUAAUGAUCCAUCAGCCUCUUGGUGGUGCUCAAGGUGGACAGACUGACAUCGAUAUUCAGGCAAAUGAAAUGUUGCAUCAUAAGGCAAAUCUUAAUGGGUAUCUUUCCUACCACACCGGUCAAAGUCUCGAGAAGAUUAACCAGGAUACAGAUCGCGAUUUCUUCAUGAGUGCCAAAGAAGCCAAAGAAUAUGGACUCAUAGAUGGAGUUAUCAUGAAUCCUCUCAAAGCCCUCCAACCUUUAGCAGCUGCAGCUGCCACAGAAGCCGAGCCGGGUGCGUAAAUUUUAUCCCGCUGUGUGACCAACUAGAUAUUCAUCUUGUAGAUUUAAAAGCAAAAAAUAAUCUUUAGUGUAUGAAGAUUUCGACCAUUAACAACAUGGCUCCCAUGCUUUUAUUGUAGCUUAAGCUUGAGAAAUAGCUCUCUCUUAGUUAAAUCUGUGGUUUCACACUUUUGAUUUAUUGUUGCUUGUUUCAUUACACAAGAUAUUAUAUUGAAAUGUCCAUUAAAUUUUAGCCUCUCUAAUUGGUUGGGAUACCAUGAAUGAUGCUAAGCCCAACACUUGGCGACGUCU